AAUAAUUAAGUUAUGGGCUUUAAAGUUUUGCUUUUUAAAAGUUCUUUCUCUUUUUUCUUUUCUGCCGUCACAUGUACUCCAUCUCCAAAAGUAGCAAAAGUAAGGGUAUAAAUGUAAUCUUCUUCCUUGUCCCCACAUGCCUUGGGAGCGCAUUUCUCGUGACAAAUUCCUCACCCUGCACCCCGCAAAAUCCGCUACCCUCAUCGAGAGAGAGAGAGGGGAGACGAUGAUGUGGGAAGGCGGAGGAUCUGCCGCCAACGGCGUCGCUGACGGCGGAGGAAAUGGGAGGAGGAAGCCGUCGUGGAGGGAGAGAGAAAACAACCGGAGGAGAGAAAGGAGGAGGAGAGCAAUUGCCGCCAAGAUAUUCGCCGGACUGAGAGCUCAGGGAAACUACGAUCUCCCCAAGCACUGUGACAACAAUGAGGUUCUCAAGGCUCUCUGCUCUGAGGCCGGCUGGAUCGUCCAACCCGACGGCACCACUUUUCGCAAGGGAUUCAGGCCAACACCAAUGGAGAUUGGAGGAACAUCAGCCAACAUCACACCAACUUCUUCUGGAAACCCUAGCCCCCCAUCGUCCUAUUUCGCCAGCCCGGUCCCUUCGUACCAACCCAGCCCAUUAUCCUCCUCGUGCCCGAGCCCAACCCGUGGCGGCGAACCAAUGAUGUCAUCCCAUCCGUUCGCCUUCCUCCACAAUUCCAUCCCAUCUUCUUUGCUCCCUCCUCUGAGGAUAUCAAACAGCGCCCCCGUGACCCCACCCAUCUCUUCCCCAACCAGAGCUCCCAAACUGCCCUUCAACAUGGAGUCCAUUUCAGCCCUCAACAACAUCCCACUCUUUGCCUCUGCCCCAUCCAGCCCAACCCGCGGUCGCCGGAGAUUCCCUGCCACCAUUCCUGAAUGUGAUGAGUCCGAUGCAUCCACCACCGAUUCGGGCCAGUGGACGCGCUUCCAGAAAUUUGGGCUUAACAACAUGCGCCCGCCAUCUCCGACUUUCAAUCUUAUGAACCCCAACAAUCCCCAUCACAGAGCUCGGCUCGAUGAUCCAAUAAUGUCGGAUCAUAAGGGUAAAGGUGUGGAGUUCGGGUUUGAGAACAAUGUCGCGGUGAAAGCUUGGGAGGGGGAGAGAAUUCAUGAGGUAGGGUUGGAUUACCUGGAGCUCACUCUUGGGAGGGGAACUUCUGGCAUAUAACUGAUCAUUUGCUAGGGAUGAAUGGAUUCUUAUGUUGUAAUUUCUCUCUUGUUUUGGUAAUCAACGAAACACCCAGUUUAGGGGGGACAAAGAUCAGAAAUGAGAAAAAAAAUGUUUGGGUCUUUGUUAGGGGGGACAAAUCUUGGGUUUUUGCUGUAGAGUUUCAUCCAACCGUGAUGUAUUUUGAAACGCAAAAUGUUUUUUCUACUCUUCCUUCAUCCUCUUGAAACACAAAUUUGAUCUACUCAUUUGAAAUAUGAGUGACUAAGGAUUAUCCAUGGGAUUUGAUGAAAAGGAAAUAUAUUGUGAGUGUAGUA